AUCCUUUAAAAUAAAAAAUCUUUACACUGUACGCUGUCACCAUCUUGUGCUUUCUCCAUCUAUAAAAUGCACCGAGCAGACAUCGCUUUCGCUCACUGGCUCUGUGGCACUCUUUCUCUUCAGAUCUGAUCCAAUCAGCCAGCAAGCAGCAACCACGGGUUGGGAGUAUUUGCCUUUGAAUUAAGAGAGCAUGGGUCGUGGAGUUAGCGCUGGUGGGGGGCAGAGUUCAUUGGGAUAUCUGUUUGGUACGGGAGAGGCUCCAAAACCUGCUGCAAAUGAAGGGCAGUCUGUAGAUAAUGGGCCUUCCAAGCCUGCUGCUGCUCCUCAACCUGUAGAUAUUACCAAACAGGUUCCAGCUGGUAUCAAUAGUUACUCAACAAACAACUAUAUGCGGGCUGAUGGUCAGAACACUGGCAACUUCAUCACGGACCGACCAUCAACCAAGGUCCAUGCUGCCCCUGGUGGUGGGUCUUCUCUGGGUUACCUCUUCGGUGGUGGGCCUGCAGGUGGCAGUAAAUGAUACAUGUCUUGACGUCUCCAUAAGAAGUAUUGUUUGUUGAUUCUUGUUGAACUUAGUUUGAAUGAGGCAUGCUCUCAUAUUUACGUAAAACAGUUUGAAGUAUUGGAUAUUGUGAUGUAAUAUAUAGGUGUUGUGGUUGUUUGCAUAUUCAAUCGAAGUGUACUCUCAAUUUUCUGAUGUGUCAUUUACCCUGUA